UUUUUUUCCGCCCAAUAUGGAGGACUUCUCUUUAGCAAAAAAUAUGGAGGACUUCUACCAGUGGAUUCGUACAAGCUGGGCCCUAGCAUUCGGAUGCGGUCAUGGAGAGUGUUCCCGUCUAUUUAUUUACGUUGUUUCUCCCUUCCCCACCGCAGCUUCUUCGUUCUCUCUCUUGGUUCUUCUUGGUGCCUGUCUCUGAUCUGCGUCCAUUCGCCGUACGUUGUGAAACACUCCAAACCAUAGCUCAAUGGCGAUGCAGUUCCUCUCUCUUUCUGUCUAUAGUUCCGUUUGUGGCAUUGGAUAUCCAAAUAUCUAUAUGCCUAGUUUGAGGAUCACGCAUUCCACAAGAGCAGUUGCUACUAAAGGUCUCACAGCAUAUAUGGGUCAUGGAUUAAUGAAGAGGAGCAGAAGUGCCAAUAUUCCAAUUCUGGGAGAUGAAGUAUCAAAGAAAAGAAUCAGCGAGCAGAUACCUAAUGUUGAUCUUUCAUCUUCUUCCUAUGACACUGCAUGGGUAGCUAUGGUCCCCUUGCCAGAAUUUCCGCAGUCUCCAUGCUUCCCAGAGUGUCUUACUUGGAUAAUAAAGAAUCAACAUCCUGAUGGCUCUUGGGGAAUUCAUGGUCUCCACCCCUCUCUUGUCAAGGAUGCUCUCUCUUCUACAUUAGCCUGUGUACUUGCACUAAAGCGAUGGAAUAUUGGUGAAGAACAUGUCAGAAGGGGGCUCCACUUUGUUGGAUCUUAUUUUUCCUCUGCUAUGGAUGAGAAGUUGCAUUCUCCUAUUGGCUUUGAGAUCAUAUUUCCUGGAAUGCUUGGAUAUGCCAUUGAUAUGGGUUUAGAUCUUCCUAUUAGCCAAAAUGACAUAGAUGUCAUGUUUCACAUGAGAGAUUUAGAGCUGCAAAGAGUGUCUGAAAACAGUUCUGAGGGCAGGAAAGCCUAUCUGGCAUAUGUUGCUGAAGGAUUGGGCAAGUCACAAGAUUGGCAAGAGGUUAUGAAAUAUCAGAGGGAAAAUGGAUCUCUGUUCAAUUCACCUUCCACAACGGCUGCUGCACUGACCCAUAUAUACGAUGCAAAAGCCCUUGAGUACUUGCGUUCGCUUCUACAGAAGUUUGGCAGUUCAGUGCCUACUUCAUAUCCUAGGGAUAUUCAUACCCUUCUUUGUGUGGUUGACAAAAUUGAGAGGCUUGGAGUCGCUCGACAUUUUAGUUUUGAGAUAAAGAACAUUUUGGACAGAAUAUAUAGAUGCUGGUUAAAUAAUGAUGAAGAGAUCAAUGCAGACAUGGCUACAUGUGCCAUGGCAUUUCGUCUAUUACGUAUGAAUGGAUUUGGUAUAUCGUCAGAUGCCUUAUCUCAAUUUGGUGAUGCAAGCUUUUUCUUCAAUUCAAUCCAAGGGCAUCUGAAAGAUAUGAAAACAGUUCUAGAGUUAUACAAGGCAUCGCAAAUCAAAAUCUUACCAAAUGAGCAGGUUCUCGAUAAACUUGGUUCUUUGUCAAGUAAUAUUCUGAGAGAGGCAUUAUCCCCCAAUUCAGAGCAUGGACUCCAAGUUCUUUCUCAGGAGGUGGAUUAUGCACUUAAAUUUCCCUUCUAUGCCAACUUGGAACGCCUAGAGCACAAGAGUUAUAUUGAGAACUUUAAAGUUGAAAACCUUCAGGUUCUCAAAACAUCAUAUACGUCUUCUGGCAUUGAUGACAAGGAUCUGUUAGAACUGGCACUGGAAGAUUUCAAUUUAUGUCAGUCUAUAUACCGCAAAGAACUCCAACAUAUUGAGAGUUGGGUCAAAGAAAACAGAUUGGAUCAGCUAGAAUUUGCUCGGCAGAAACAGAUAUAUUGCUAUUUCACAGCUGCGGCUAUGAUAUUCUCCCCUGAAAGUUUUGAUGCUCGUAUGUCUUGGGCCAAAAAUACCGUGCUAACCGUCGUCGUUGAUGACUUUUUUGACCAUGGAGGAUCUAGAGAAGAAUUAGUAAAUUUUAUAUCAUUGGUUGAGAAGUGGGAUGGAAAUCAUGAAAAACAAUUUUGCUCUGAACGAGUCAACAUUUUAUAUUCGGCUCUCUACAGUACAAUUAACGAAAUCGGAGCCAAAGCAUCUGCCUUGCAAAAGCGUUGCGUGACCGACCAUAUUGUUGAGACAUGGCUUACAUUGGUGAAAGCAAUGAUGAAAGAGUCAGAGUGGGCAAGGACCAAUACAGUGCCCACAAUGGAUGAAUAUAUGGCAAAUGGGUACAUAUCAUUUGCUUUAGAACCCACGAUUUUCUCGACACUCUAUUUUGUUGGACAGGAGGUUUCAGUUGAUGCCUUUGGUGGUCCAGAGUAUCAUAAUCUAAACAAACUAGUCGGCAUCAUCGGGCGUCUCAUUAAUGACAUGCAAAGUUUUGAGGGACAUCAUACAGAACCUUCAAAUAUGACAAAUCUAGGGAUUCAAACUGCUUAUGCUUCGUUCAGCAUGUCUUCUUAACUUGCAUACAUGAGCAUUUUCAUGUACAUAAUGUACUUGAGACGAGCAAGCCUUCAAGCCUGUUUCCCCUGUAUUUUUUAUUGGAUUCAUCCUUCCUAUUUAUCUAUUAUCUCCCAUCCAUGUUUUAGUUCUUUGACACAGAUUUCAUUUUCUCAUUUCAUCACACCACCUCCAUUUAAAAUUGUUUGGUUUUCCUUUCUCAAUUCCCCUGCAUGCAUGUUUAACCAAUAGAUGUCUCUGAUUUUCUAUUUCAAGGAGCUAUUUCAGCAGGGUAUGCCCAGUACCAUCCAGUAUACGUCUGAUUUUCUAUUUCAGGAGCUAUUUCAAAGAUGCAAAAUAAAAAAAGGUUCCUAUUGAAGAUUAUAUUUGAUGGAUUUCUAUUUAUGAAUAAACAAGUUUUGAUCAUUUAAAAUAUGUAUUCUUUUUUUUAUUAACAGCAUCAGAUUUUGGAUGUGCAUUUUAUUUUACUCUGUACUGUAAAAGCGCUCAUUCUAAACGUUAACAGUACUAUGCUCCAAAUAUCAACAAUAAUUUCAUUUAUGAAGUAUUUUUUUUGCAAAAUUAAAUCUUUAAAAAUUUUGGACCAAGUAUCAUAACAUUUAUGUGCAAUGAUACAAAUUAAUACUGAUGAUUCUUGGUUCACCCAUCUUCCUGAGAUUCAUUGGCAUCCUUCGUGCGAGGCCUUAAAAAGGAUUUUGUAUAUAUAAUGGUGCUUAAUUUUUUAAUUUGGACUUUGUUUUGAUAUAGAACUUUCUUCUUUAGACUAUAUGGCUCUUAGUAUUCCAUCACCAAAUUCCUUGAAUGUAUCUAGCCUGUUUCUAGCAAUAAAAUCAUUUAACCUAAGACAUAUUUACCAAUUGUUUUGGAUACCACUUUCACACAUUAAUGCCUUUCGAAUCUUGUCUAAUCAUCUACAUCUGUAAAUUCUUAGAACCUGUGGAAUAUCUGAAAAAACAUAUAGGAAUGACCUUGAUGAAGGCGAAGUUAUGGACAAACAUAUCUGAAAAAACAUGUGUACUUACUGUUUAGUAUAGGAAUGACCUUGAUGAAGGCGAAGUGAUCGAGCAACUGUUGAAAUAAUGAGAAAGUAAGGAGAUGAGCAUAAUAAUGAACAAAAUUCUCCGACAACACUAUUUAUAUUUUUAGUUAUAGAAAACCUUUCUCCUUAUAGCCACAAUUGUUAGUUUGUCCUGCCCAAUAGUUUCCACUUAUGCUUCAUAUUACCAAAUAAUACCUCCUCCCUUGAAGGGCAAGAUGUCUUAACAAAUUUGAUGGUGUUUUUCUUUAAUAACAAGGACAAGCCAAAUAGCGCAGGUAAAAUGGAAUAAAGUAGGAUUUCCUCCUAAGAGUUAGACUAACCUCAGACUUAAUAUAUUAACCACUUAGUAGUUAUCUAGUUCUAUGUAAUAAAUUGCUUAGGGGUGAUUGUAGGCUACCAUAUUAGUGGACAUUAAGUUCCUUGCAAUGAAGCUCUGCCUAUAGUUGUGGAUUGAUAAUUUGUUUUGAAACUAAUGAGUAU